ACUGAGCCAGACCAGACAUUCUCGAUGCAAGUAGCAGGCAAAUCUGCUGGGUACUGCUUGACAGGGGUGAUAUACUAUGGUACAGCACACUUUACAGCUAGAUAUGUGGACAGAACAGGGACCAUGUGGUUCAACGAUGGAUACAUCAACAGUAGAACUUCUAAUAAAGAAGGCGAUAUCACAGACUUGGAUAUGAAAAUGUCUACCGAUGGGAGAAAACCUGUACUGGCUGUAUAC